GCCGAACACAUCCUAAUCACCCAUUCCGCACCACCGUCACUGUCAUCCCAUCCUCCUUCCUCUCCUCACCUUCCUAUUAUCCUUUCCGGAUCGAGCUUUGCCUUCCUUCUCCUACGCGCCUCGCCAUCGCCGCACGGCGCAAAAAGGCAAGCAAAGGCGAACGCGCCGCCCGUGCGCCUCCCCUCCCAUCCACACGUUUCGCUCUCCUCCUCUUCCGAUCCGUAGCGGCGGCAGCGGCAGCGGCAGCAGCAGCAGCCGCCGACACGCGGGGGGCGGAGCAGAGCUCGCGGAACCCUACCUCUUGAGGCUUCUUAUCUGCUUCAGCCGAGAGGGGGGGCGAGGCGGCGAUGGCGGCGGCCGUGCGGGACGGAGCGGCGGUGGCGGGGUACAUGGCGGAGGAUGACCCUGACGGGGCGGCUUCGGAAGACGGCGAUAUGGACGUGGAGGUGGGCGGCGAGGAGUCGCAGGCGCGCGACGGCGACAGGAGGGACGGCGGCGACGGCGACGACGAGUACGCGCUGCUCACUAGGAUAACUGAUACAUCAGCAGCUGAAGCAAGAGCAGGAAAGGAUAUACAAGGUAUACCAUGGGAGAGGUUACAAAUAACCAGGAGCGAUUACAGAAAAGCUAGGUUGGUACAGUACAAAAACUACGAAAACUUCCCUCAAUCAGGAGAGCUCAUGGAUAAGAUAUGCAAGCAAGUGGAUAAGAUCAGCAAGUAUUAUGAAUUUCACUACAACACUAGAUUAGUGAAGCCAUCAAUCCUCCACUUUCAGCUUAGGAAUUUGUUAUGGGCAACGUCGAAGCAUGAUGUCUACUUCAUGUCAAAUUCCACAGUAGGCCACUGGUCAUCAUUGUCUCACAAUCUAUCAGAGGUUCUUGAUUUCUCCGGGCAUGUUGCUCCUGCGCAGAAACACCCUGGCAGUUUACUGGAAGGGUUUAGCGGGGUUCAAGUUAGCACACUUUCAGUGAAUGAGGGUUUAUUGGUUGCUGGUGGUUUUCAGGGAGAACUAAUUUGCAAGGUUGUGGGAGACCGUGAUGUUAAGUUCUGCACAAGGACAACUUUAAGCGACAAUGCUAUCACAAAUGCGAUAGAUAUACACAGAUCUGCAAGUGGAAGCUUGCGUGUUACCGUGUCCAACAAUGAUUGUGGUGUUCGUGAAUUUGACAUGGAAACAUUUCAGCUCUUGAACCACUUCAGUUAUAACUGGCCAGUAAAUCACACAUCUGUGAGCCCUGAUAGGAAACUUCUGGCAGUAGUUGGAGAUGAUCGGGAUGCUCUUCUUGUUGAUUCAAGAAAUGGAAAGGUAACCUCUACCCUAGUUGGCCAUCUGGACUAUUCGUUUGCUUCGGCAUGGCACCCUGAUGGCCGCACCUUCGCAACCGGUAACCAAGACAAGACCUGCCGCGUCUGGGACGUACGAAACCUGUCAACCUCCCUCUCAGUACUUAGGGGCAACAUUGGCGCUAUCCGUUGCAUCCGCUACUCCUCGGAUGGCCAGUUCAUGCUCUUCUCGGAGCCCGCUGACUUCGUGCACGUCUACAGCGCCGCUGCGGACUACAAGAAGAGGCAGGAGAUAGAUUUCUUCGGCGAGAUCUCCGGCAUCUCGCUUAGCCCAGACGACGAGUCACUGUUCGUCGGAGUGUGCGACCGUGUGUACGCCAGCUUGCUGCACUACAGAAUGGUCCACUCCUUUGGAUACCUCGACUCGUUCAUGUAGAGAGGGAAUAAAAGUGGUGUUUCUGUAUGUGAUAGGCCACCCAUCUCGGUGGCGAUUCUGAUGUGCGUGUUCAGGGAAUGUAUCUGCCUGUUCAAGUGCAUGUUUAGUCAAAGGCUCAAGCGUGCAGCGUGAUCCUUGCCUUGUGAAUAGUUAGCUAGUAAAUCAUAGACUGUAUGGACCAAUACUCUCUCUGGGCAAUAAUGCAGAAGUAAUCUAUAUCUUCGGUUGUUGGUUCUAGUGUUCUA